GAUUUUCCAGGUCACUUCCGAGUAGGCGCUCUGUGUUUAUAUUUCGAGCUCAGCUCUCCACCAGAAAGCAUCACUACCUUCCAAAAGGAGAAGCGCCUUGUGUUUGUAGGCAGGGCUGGGGGGGAGCAGAGUUCAUGUUCCCGGGCCGGGUAGGAGGGUUCUCUUGCAACACGUGCGGGUUGUGACAACAUCCUUCGAUGACAGGGGGAGUUCCAGAGAGGAAGGUUUAGGGAAAGGCGAGGAGCCUGGUGUGGGGCAAGGCAGCAAAGUGCGGAAGCUGCUCGGGGAUUCUUCUAGAAAGUGGGGUGGGAAAGGCGCUAGGGAGGGCGUGUGGAGGGACGGGAUCUGUGUCAGAACGUGCGUGUGAGCGGAUACAAAACCCGAGGGAGGCGUGAGCAGCGCUGUGUGUGCGCGGGAGAGGGGGCGCCGGCCGGGCGUGUGUGCGCCGGAGCACUCCAGAACCCAGGCUACUUUCGAGAACCUCUCUGUGGAUUCCUAGGGCUUAUUCCACUAGAAGCAAGAUGGCUGAACUCAAUAGUCAUGUGAAUGUCAAGGAAAAGAUCUAUGCAGUUAGAUCAGUCGUUCCCAACAAAAGCAAUAAUGAAAUAGUCCUGGUGCUACAACAGUUUGAUUUUAAUGUGGAUAAAGCCGUACAAGCCUUUGUGGAUGGCAGUGCAAUUCAAGUUCUAAAAGAAUGGAAUAUGACAGGAAAAAAGAAGAACAAUAAAAGAAAAAGAAGCAAGUCCAAGCAGCAUCAAGGCAACAAAGAUGCUAAAGACAAGGCAGAGAGGCCUGAAGCAGGGUCUCUGCAGCCACCACCUCCACAGACACAGACACAGAACGGCCACAUGAACGGCUGUGAGAAGGAUUGCUCAUCCACUGAUUCCACCAGUGAGAAACUAGCCGUGAUUCCUCGUGAGAAAAAGAUCUCGAUCCUUGAGGAACCUUCAAAGGCCCUUCCUGGGGUCACAGAAGGCAACAGACUACUGCAACAGAAACUGUCCUUAGAUGGGAGCCCCAAACCUAUACACGGAACACCAGAGAGGUCAGAUGGCCUACAGUGGUCAGCUGAGCAGCCUUGUAACCCAAGCAAGCCUAAGGCAAAAACAUCUCCUGUUAAGUCCAAUGCCCCUGCAGCUCCUCUUGAAAUAAAGCCAGAUGAGCUGGCAAAGAAAAGAGGCCCAAACAUUGAGAAAUCAGUGAAGGAUUUGCAACGCUGCACUGUUUCUCUAACUAGAUAUCGCGUCAUGAUCAAGGAAGAAGUAGAUAGUUCCGUGAAGAAGAUCAAAGCUGCCUUUGCUGAAUUGCACAACUGCAUCAUUGACAAAGAAGUUUCAUUAAUGGCAGAAAUGGACAAAGUUAAAGAAGAAGCCAUGGAAAUCCUGACCGCUCGCCAGAAGAAAGCAGAAGAACUGAAGAGACUGACUGAUCUGGCCAGUCAAAUGGCAGAGUCGCAGCUGGCCGAGCUCAGGGCAGAAAUUAAGCACUUCGUGAGCGAGCGCAAAUACGACGAAGAGCUGGGGAAGGCUGCCCGGUUCUCCUGUGACAUCGAGCCGCUGAAGGCCCAGAUCAUGGUCUGCGGAGAAAUCACACAUCCAAAGAACAGCUACUCCUCAAGGACCCCCUGCAGCGCCCUGCUGCCUCUGCUGAACGCACACGCGGCCUCUGGGAAACAGAGUAACUUUCCCCGAAAAUCAUCCAAUCACAACAAGCCUUCCGAGGGCAAGGUGGCAAACCCCAAGAUGGUGAGCGGUCUCCCCAGCACUGCCGACCCCUCCCACCAGGCCAUGCCACCCAGCAAGCAGAAUGGGUCUUCUAGCCAAAGACGGAGAUUCAACCCCCAGUAUCACAACAGGCUCAAUGGUUCUGCCAAGUCCCAGGGCGGCGGGAAUGAAGCGGAUUCGCUGGGGAAGAGCAACAACCCCCGCCACGAACACAGAAGACAGCCACACAAUGGCUUCCGGCCCAAAAACAAGGGCGGCGCCAAAAACCAAGAGGCCCCGCUGGGGACGAAGACCCCGGAGGCCCUGGCGCACCCUGAGAAGCCCCGGCGAAGACAGCACGCAGCUGACAGCUCGGAGGCCAGGCCCUUCCGGGGCAGCAUGGGGCGGGUCUCCCAGUGCAACCUCUGCCCCACGAGAAUAGAAGUGUCCACAGAUGCCACGGUUCUCUCGGUCCCAGCUGUGACGUUGGUGGCCUGAGCUAGGAGGGAAGAGAGCACUUUUCACUCCGUUUCAGUUCCCUGCCCAAGGUGCUGAUCCAACUCGCUGCCAAAAGAGAGUCAAUCAGAAUAGACAAACCCCGUAUGGUUGUGCCAUCCUCUCUUAAUCAUUUUUACUAAUUCUCAUAAUCAGCUGUAGCUUGCUUCGUAACUUUCAUGGCUUUGCUUGAUCUGUUGGCGCUUUCUCUCAUCAAGACUUUGCAGCAUUUUAGCCAGGCAGUAUUUACUCAUCUGUUAGGAAAAUCGGGAUGUGGCCGGAGACCUGAGGCUCAGUUAGCAACCUGUGUUGUAGUGGUGAUGUCAGUCUCCAUUGAUCAUCUUUAGAGAGUUAAUGUUCAAAACAAAGAAUUCCUAAUCAGACAAACGUGAUCUGCUGAGGACACAUGCGCUUUUGUAGAAUUUAACAUCUGGUGUUUUUCUGGAAAAAAAAAUAUAUACAUAUAUUGCUUUAUUUGAAACAAAUUAAAAUAUGCUGCAUUUGA